UCGUCCCCCCGUCCAAAACCCUUGGAACAAAAUUCUAAACCCUUUUUGUAUCUCAGAGCAAAGCAGGAACUCGACUGUGUUUUCUCUCUCAUGGGUUCAGAUUUCUUCUUCGAAGCUCCCAGCGACGAAGAACUCGAUAACGAAUCAUACAAUCCUGAAGAAGAAGACGAAGAGGAAGAAACCCUAGGUAAAUCGCAAUCUCCCUGGGACUUCGCUUCCUUCUCGGAAUCAGUCGCCGAUGAGCACGCCCGUCGUAGCACCACCUCCAUCGACUUUAAGAUCUCCAAAGCCCUCCAACACCGCUCCACCCCAGUUUCCACCACCGCCGAAGACGAAGACGCCUCUGAUUCCGAACCAGACCAUCAAGAGGAUUAUAGAUCCGAAGACGGUGAUGACGAGACUAAUGCAGUUGGAGUUGUUAGCAAGCCGUUCUUUGCUUCGUCCGAAGGAACUUGCUUCCAUGCGAAUUCAUUUAUGGAGCUUAACCUUUCUAGGCCUUUGCUUCGAGCUUGCGAAGCACUUGGCUACGUUAAGCCCACGCCAAUUCAGGCAGCCUGCAUACCUUUGGCGUUAUCGGGGCGAGACAUCUGCGGGAGUGCCAUUACUGGUUCCGGAAAGACUGCUGCUUUUGCCUUGCCUACGCUGGAGAGACUAAUGUUUCGUCCGAAACGCGUGCCUGCAAUUAGGGUCCUAAUUCUUACCCCAACCAGGGAGUUGGCCGCUCAGGUUCAUAGUAUGAUAGAAACGCUUGCUAAAUUUACAGAUAUCAGAUGUUGUUUGGUACUCGGUGGGCUCUCUACAAAGAUCCAAGAGGCAGCCUUGAGAUCAAGGCCUGAUAUUGUGGUGGCCACUCCAGGACGUAUGAUAGAUCACUUGCGCAAUUCUAUGUCUAUAGAUUUGGAUGAUCUUGCAGUUUUGAUUCUUGAUGAGGCAGAUCGCCUUUUGGAGCUUGGAUUUAAUGCUGAAAUUCGUGAGCUGGUUAGACUCUGUCCUAAACGGAGACAGACCAUGUUAUUUUCGGCUACCAUGACUGAAGAAAUUGAUGAGCUUAUCAGGCUUUCUUUGACCAGACCUUUGCGGCUCUCAGCUGACCCAUCCACUAAACGGCCCGCAACAUUGACUGAGGAGGUGGUUAGGAUACGGCGGAUGCGUGAAGUAAAUCAGGAGGCAGUUCUUCUUGCACUGUGUUCUAAGACCUUCACCGCCAAAGUGAUUAUUUUCAGUGGAACAAAACAGGCUGCACACAGGUUGAAGAUUUUAUUUGGAUUACUCGGCUUUAAAGCUGCGGAGCUUCAUGGAAAUCUUACCCAAGUCCAGCGUCUUGAUGCUUUGGAAAUUUUCAGGAAGCAGCAAGUGGAUUUCCUAAUUGCAACUGAUGUUGCCGCUCGUGGACUUGACAUAGUUGGUGUUCAAACAGUCAUAAAUUUUGCAUGCCCCCGUGACCUUACCAGUUAUGUUCAUCGAGUUGGUCGUACAGCGAGAGCUGGCAGAGAAGGAUAUGCUGUUACAUUUGUCACUGAUAAUGACCGGUCUCUUCUAAAAGCCAUUGCAAAGAGAGCUGGUUCAAAGCUGAAGAGCCGAAUUGUGGCGGAGCAAUCAAUUACCAAGUGGUCUCAGAUAAUUGAGCAAAUGGAGGAUCAAGUAGCUGCAAUUCUGCAAGAAGAGAGGGAAGAGAUGGCACUGAGAAAAGCUGAAAUGGAAGCAACAAAGGCAGAAAAUAUGAUUGCCCAUAAAGAUGAAAUUUAUUCACGCCCCAAAAGAACCUGGUUUGUAACAGAAAAGGAGAAAAAGCUUGUAGCCAAGGCAACAAUGGCAUCUGCGGAUAGUGGAAGAAGUUCUGGAAAUGAGUUUGUCAGUGCCCAACAAGCCGAAGACCUUAAGAUGAAGGAAAAGAGAAAGCGAGAGCGUGAGAAAAAUAUGCCCAGGAAGAAACGGAGGAAACUGGAAGCAGCUAGGGAGACAUUGGAUGACGAAAAUGAAAUUGAAAAGUUUGAAGAGGGUGGGAAAAACAAAAAAGAAAAAACUGGAAUUUCACUUGUUGACCUGGCUUAUCGUCGAGCAAAGGCUGUAAAGGCUAAGAAGAAGGCAGUAGAUGCCGGCAAGAUUGUGAAAAAAACAGAAAAGAAAUCGAAGCAUCCUCCACGAACAACUCAAUCGAGGACAGAAGAGAUGCGGGAGAUGUUCCAAAGUGACAUGAGUGAGAAAAAGCAGAAAAGAACCCUUCGUGGUAGUGGUGGUGGUGGAAAGAAAACGUCGUCGUUCAAGAGCAAGUCACGCUAUAAGAGGAAGUAGCAGCAUCAAGUAGCCGAUCUAACUUUACUGUCAAGCGGCAUCAAGUGGAGGUAAUGUACCUCUAUAAAGCAGAGGUAGCAGCAUCGGUCAAGCUUUCCUUCAACGUACCUCUACAAGAGUUGUAAUCAAACAAAUGAAAUUUAUAUUAAAAUGCUCAUGUUAUUAAGUUAUUUAAUGAAAUUACUGUCUGUCCAUUUUUGCUUA